UCCCGGCCCCGCCCCGCCCCAGCCCCGCGCGUGCUCGGGGCGGCUCCAGCCCCGCCCCCGCCGCGCCGGCGCUCGGGGUCACUUUGAGGCGGCGCCAUCGCCAUGUUGAGCCAACUGCUGGGGCCGCGCUACGCGCAACUGCUGCGGACCUGGACCCCCACCCUUGUGACAUGGGGUGGUGUGGCUGGUGUUGGUGUGAUCUGGGCCACAGACUGGAAGCUGGUCUUGCAAUAUGUUCCCUACAUUGGCGGCAAGUACAAAACUGAAGACUGAGCUUCCCUCUAAUGGAUUGUUAUUGCUGGAGAGUGUUUGGAGCCAUCCGUCCGCUGAGACCCUGCUUGGGGUGACCCUGAAAUGCCCAGUACAGAUUCUGCAACCAGUUGUGAUCUGUCUGUCUCUCCCAUGAACAGCUGUGAGCAAAUUCACCUUCACUGACCACUUCUUCUGAGCACUUUCCCAGCACAUCUUGCCUUGAUGGGAGUAAUUUAUAAACCUGGUGUACAAAAUAAACCAAGUGAAUGAUUUUUUGG